AUGGACACCAAGCAGCAGCAACAGCUUGCCGACCUCGCCGAGCAGGUCCUGCCCCAUCGCAGACGCGACCUCUCGUUUUACGUCGUCCUCUUCGCGGCAGUGAUUCCUCUCUGGCUGGUCGUCCCCUCAGCCUGGAUCUAUGUGAUCUACAUCCUCCGCACAGGCAAGAUAUGGACUCUGGCUUGGCGCGGACGGCUACUGUUUGCUGCUGCGCUCUGUGAGGUGUUCUUUAGCGUAUACCACUACAAUCUCGCGACAUUCAUCAGCGGCCCUCACUCGCUUCCGCCAAACAAACUCAGCGAGCUGCAAAAGGCUUUCACGCGUGUCCUGCAGUCAGGCCUAGCAGAUCUUCCGGAGGAGGGCUUUGAUGAGGAGACGCUCGAUGCUGAGAGGCCUGGCAGUCCGGCCGAAGACAUAAUCACCCUUCAGUAUGACGAUCCCAGAGCAGUGGACUUCCGGAACUACUUGAGAACCUGGUUUGGCAAAGUCCCGUGGUCUUCGAUCCGCAAACAUGAAAUGUAUGCGUGGCUCUAUUGGUCGAUCUUCAACCAGCCAUACACCACCUUUGAGGCUCUUCCACGCGCACACCAAGUCGCCCUCAAUGAUGUCAUCCGGUCGAUAGAAGCUCGCUCUGGUUCUACCAUCCCAGAUGGAUCUAAUCCUGCAGUCAAGCCUAACUUGCUCACCCUGGACCCUGUCAGCGUUGUCUGGCGGCCAUUCCUUUGGUAUGCCUUUGUCGCAGCCGUUAACUUCUAUCUGCGGAGGCGUAUGCGGCGGAUCUGGGACUGUAAGUUUGGCACAUACCAUGGUCUUGACUACAUACUCCGCGUGCCUGCAGGUUGGGACCCUCGUACGGGCCCGAGGCCGGUCGUCUUCAUGCACGGACUUGGACUCGGUCUGGCACAGUACAACCGCUUCAUCACGCACCUCUUCCGUACCAUCCCGGAGCACCCCGUGCUUGUGCCUCUGCAGCCACAUGUCAGCCAGGACAUUAUGCACCCGCGCUACCUCCGCCCCAUGAGCCGGCGUGACAUGGCCCGGACCCUCGCGGGUCUCCUCGACAUGUUGGGCUGGGCGAAGUGGGCUGACAAGGAAGAUGUAGUGGAGAAGGACGAUAUCCCAAUGGGUGUGACCAUGCUCAGUCACUCGAAUGGCUCGUUUGCGCAUGCGUGGAUGCUGAAGCAUUAUCCUUCCAUGGUCACUCGGUCGUGCUUUGUUGACCCCGUUGUGUUCUGCUCUUGGGAAGGCGAUCUCUGCUACAACUUUAUUUACAGACGGUGUAGCACGGGCGUAGAGCUGAUCAUCAAGUUCUUCGUCGGCACGGAGCUUGGAGUGGCCAACUUCCUACAGCGCCACUUUGACUGGUACGCCAACUCGCUAUGGUACGAGGAGAUCCCCAACGCGCGGGAUCCGUCCAAGACUAUGUACUUCCUCGGCGGCAGGGAUGAUAUUGUGAACGCCCAUCGCGUGAAGCGCUACCUCACGUCCCACGGCAUCCGUAAAGGCCUGUGGUACGAUCCCGAAGGCAGGCACGGCCAGGCCAUGAUGUUUGACGGUCAGGAAGCCAUUUUCCGCUGGCUCUUGCAAACCGAGAACACAUCGCCUUCGACAAAUGAAACCGUACCCAGCUCGUGA